GGGAGGGGAAAUUACUGACAUUUGUUCCACGACUCACCAGGGGACUGAAAUACUGAGUGGCUCAGAAUAAUGUAAUCAUAUAUAUAUAUUUUUUUAUGACUUGAAAUUACUGUUGUAUAAUAUAAGUAUAUUUGAUGAACAUCGUUACACUUAAAAAAAGAAGUGUAAAUUAAUUUAAAAUAGAUGAAUAGUGGUGGAUAUUGUAGGCUACAAAGGCUGUGGACAGAGUUAGCCUAUUGUAUUUGAGAGAAGAAACCUUCACUGUAGAAUUACAGCCCCAGAUUGGAGUUGCUUGUGAGAUCAGUAACGAGGAACCGCUAACAGGAUUGGUCAACAUAGAGACAGAGUUGAAUCUGGGGCUUUUCACUAUUGUGCUGGUCUAACGAGAGAGAGCAGUUUGCUGUCUUUUUGUAGCCUGCCGGUGACGAGACAUCAGGGCGAAGAAGCCUACUGUGUCGCAUUGACUUCGACUCAUUGAAGACGUUGGGGAGUGACGGGGUGCGGAUCACCAUGGAGAGUGCCCUGACGGCCAGGGACCGGGUGGGUGUACAGGACUUCGUCCUGCUGGAGAACCACACCAGCGAGGCAGCCUUCAUGGAGAACCUCCGCAAGCGCUUCAAGGAGAACCUCAUCUAUACGUACAUCGGCUCAGUCCUGGUGUCGGUGAACCCCUACAAGGAUCUGGAGAUCUACACCAAGAACCACAUGGAGCGCUACCGAGGUGUCAACUUCUACGAGGUCUCUCCCCACAUCUACGCGGUGUCUGACAACUCCUACCGGUCCAUGCGGACGGAGCGUAAGGACCAGUGCAUCCUCAUCUCAGGGGAGAGCGGUGCCGGCAAGACGGAGGCCUCGAAGAAGAUCCUGCAGUACUACGCCGUGACCUGUCCCGCCAGCGACCAGGUGGAGACGGUCAAGGACCGCCUGCUGCAGUCCAACCCUGUCCUAGAGGCUUUUGGAAACGCCAAAACGUUACGCAACGACAACUCCAGCCGCUUCGGUAAAUACAUGGACAUCCAGUUUGACUUCAAGGGUGCUCCGGUAGGGGGCCACAUCCUCAACUACCUGCUGGAGAAGUCACGGGUGGUGCACCAGAACCACGGAGAGAGGAACUUCCACAUCUUCUACCAGCUGAUUGAGGGGGGUGAGGAGGACCUGCUGCGGCGCCUGGGCCUGGAGAGGAACCCCCAGCAGUACCAGUACCUCGUCAAGGGGAACUGUCCCAAGGUGAGCUCCAUCAACGACCGCAGCGACUGGAAGGUGGUGAGGAAAGCCCUGUCUGUCAUCGGCUUCAACGAGGACGAGGUGGAGGAGCUGUUAAACAUUAUUGCCAGUGUUCUUCACUUGGGGAACAUUCAGUAUGGAGGAGAGGACAGCGGCAAUGCCUACAUCACUACAGACACACAGAUCAAAUACCUGGCUAGGUUACUAGGUGUGGAUGGUUUGGUCCUGAAAGAAGCGCUAACACACAAAAAGAUCAUCGCCAAAGGGGAAGAGCUGAAGAGCCCUCUGAACCUGGAGCAGGCAGCGUCGGCGCGGGACGCCCUGUCCAAGGCCGUGUACGGCCGUACCUUCACCUGGCUCGUCAACAAGAUCAACGUCUCCCUGGCUUACAGGGAUGAGACUUAUAAGAAUGCUUCUGUCAUUGGUCUCCUUGAUAUCUAUGGUUUUGAAGUCUUCCAGCACAACAGUUUUGAGCAGUUCUGCAUUAACUACUGCAACGAGAAGCUGCAGCAGCUCUUCAUCGAGCUCACCCUCAAGUCCGAGCAGGAUGAGUACGAAGCGGAGGGAAUCACGUGGGAGCCUGUGCAAUAUUUCAACAACAAGAUCAUCUGUGAUCUGGUGGAGGAGAAGUUCAAAGGCAUCAUCUCCAUUCUGGAUGAGGAGUGCCUGAGGCCAGGUGACGCCAGUGACAUCACCUUCCUGGAGAAGCUGGAGAAUACUGUGGGAGGCCACGCCCACUUGACAACUCACAAGCUGGCCGAUGGAAAGACCCGGAAGGUGAUGGGCCGAGAGGAGUUCAGACUGCUGCACUACGCUGGCGAGGUCAACUACAACGUCAACGGCUUUCUGGACAAGAACAAUGACCUCCUCUUCAGGAACUUGAAAGAGGUCAUGUGUAUGUCUGAUAAUAAGAUUCUGACCCAGUGCUUUGACCGGGCGGAGCUGAAGGACAACAAGAGACCUGAGACGGCAGCGACCCAGUUCAAGACCAGCCUGGCGAAGUUAAUGGAGAUCCUGAUGUCCAAGGAGCCGUCGUAUGUGCGCUGCAUCAAGCCCAACGAUGCCAAGCAAGCAGGACGGUUCGACGAGGUUCUCAUCAGGCAUCAGGUGAAGUACCUGGGUCUGAUGGAGAACCUCCGCGUGAGGAGAGCUGGCUUUGCCUACCGCCGCCACUAUGAGACCUUCCUCCAGAGGUAUAAGUCCCUGUGCCCAGAGACCUGGCCUAGCUGGCAGGGCAAGCUGGCAGAUGGAGUCUCCACACUGGUCAAACACCUGGGUUACAAACCUGAGGAGUACAAGCUGGGCAGAUCCAAAAUCUUCAUCCGUUUUCCAAAGACCCUGUUCGCCACAGAGGACGCGCUAGAAACGAGGAAACACAGCCUUGCCAGCAAACUGCAGUCAUCCUGGAAGGGCUACAGCCAGAAGACCAAAUACCGCAAACUCAGGUCAUCAGCGGUGGUGGUCCAGGCAUGGUGGAGGGGCAUCCUGGCCUGUAGGAGGGCACAGCGUAGAAGGGAGGCGGCCAACACCAUCCGCAGGUUCAUCAAGGGCUUCAUCUACCGCCAUAAUGAGCGUUGUCCUGAGAAUGAGUACUUCCUGGAUUAUGUGCGCUACUCCUUCCUAAUGAAGCUGCGCAGGAACCUCCCCAAGACAGUCCUGGACAAGAGCUGGCCCACGCCCCCAACCGCCCUCAUCGAGGCGUCGGAACAGCUACGUAAACUGUACAUGCAGAACAUGGUGUGGAGCUACUGCAAGAGGAUCAACCCAGAGUGGAAACACCAGUUGGAGCAGAAAAUGGUGGCCAGUGAGAUCUUCAAAAACAAGAAGGACAACUACCCCCAAAGUGUCCCAAAGCUCUUUGUGGGCACACGACUCAAUGGAGAGGAGAUUAACCCCAAGGUGUUGCAGUCACUUGGCAGUGAGAAGAUGAAGUAUGCAGUCCCAGUGACCAAGUACGACAGGAAGGGCUACAAGGCGCGACCAAGGCAGCUGCUGCUCACCUCCAACAGUGCCGUCAUCGUAGAGGAGGCCAAGCUCAAGCAGCGCAUCGACUACGCCGCCCUCAAAGGCAUUUCAGUCAGCUCGCUCAGUGAUGGCGUCUUCGUACUGCAUGUGCCCACUGAAGACAAAAAACAGAAGGGAGAUGUGGUGCUACAGAGUGACCACAUCAUCGAGACCCUGACCAAAGUGGCCAUCUGUGCUGACAAGGUCAACAGCAUCAACAUCAACCAGGGAAGUAUAACUUUCACCAUGGGCCAAGGUAAAGAAGGGAUCAUAGACUUCACCUCUGGCUCUGAGCUGCUGGUUGCCAAGGCGAAGAAUGGCCACCUCUCAGUGGUGAGUCGGAAUAACGGAGGGAUAUAAAGCAUCAGUCCUCCCCUACAGGACUAAGACAACUGCCCCUCGACUGAACUCAAGAUGAUAGCCAUGACUGAUCAUCUGACCACGCCAAGGAAGUCCUUCCUAGAAUACGCUCCCAUUCACCAAUCACAACCGCAGACCAGGCUCUGCCUAAGCCAAUCAAAUGCCAGCUCUCGCUACAUGAACGGCAUGUGCUUCCAACUAAGAAAAAGUCCAGCGAAACUAAUUGAUAUUUAUGUUUAUAUAUUUUUGGGAUUAAUACUUGUUAUUUGAAUAUCACGAUUUUAUAUAUGAAGCCAAGGAAUAACAAUGUUUUGGUGCAUUUUUGCCUGCACUACUUAUGCCUGUCUUGCUUAAUUUGGGAACAUGACCAAGCAAUCAAGGGUCUCCUUUGCUUUUUCUUUCUGUCAUUCUUUUUUCACAAUAUUUUCUCUGUUCAGCAGUGUAGACUUUACACCCUCUCUGAUACUGCUCUGUUAACUGUUUGGGGAAGAAGCUUUUGUUAAAGUUGAGAUGCAGUACAUGGCUGAUGGUAUGUAGGCUAGGUUUGUUAUAAACUAUCGAGGAGCAGGGAAUCUGGUAGAGAAGUUCAUAAGAAUAGUUUAUUUUUUUCAAACUUGUUUAGACUCGGACGCAAUACUCUUGAGGUUUUUGAAACCGAAGGAUAUCAACAGAGAAGUCAUGUGGGUGUGUGACCUUUGACCCAGAGCAUACUGUCCAGAAUGUGGUCAGAAUUUGGUCUGUGCCAUAGAUCACUAAAUCGUUCUUUGAUGUAGAUGUCAUGUAGCCCAAAUGAAAGUGGAAACCAAAGCAUUUUGGUGAGCAGAAUGUUGAAAUGAGAUUUUAUAAUAGAUUUAUAAUGGAAACACCAUAGUGAAUGGCCUUUACAAUAUAUAAGAGAUAAAGAAAGUGAGAAAGAAAUUAGGAAAAAGGUGUGAGAAUGAAAAUGGGGGGGGAGAAUAGAAAACCGUUUUGUCUUUCCAUUUAUCGCUUGUUUGUUCCCAAUGAUUGUGCCUUUCUCCUUUACUAAGUUAUUGUUAAUGGAUUAUUUAUGUCGAUACACCAAUUAAACAAUGACACUUUGGGGAUGACGUUGAGUCCACUGUUGUUAGAGACAGAUAUGUCUCGUAUACGCUCAGGAUGGCCUACGAAAAAUACUUCAGACACACACGUUUCACUCCCAAGUUAAACCCGUAGAGUAAAAGGUUUUUGGAAACAUGUUAUGAUCCAUUUGCUUUCCAUUGUGUCAGGUUCCCAGGCUGCCAUUUCCACACUCUGGUUAUGUGUAGCAGCUCAUCAGGAUAUAGUAGUAGUCAGAACAACAUCCAUUACUUAUUUUACCACAUUUACCAUUUUACUUUCCUGAUGAGGAUUUUUGUGCUAGCUUUGUGACAGGGACAAUGCUAAAGACGAAUGCACUACAGAUUUGAUAUAGCAUUUUCACAGUGUUAGGCUAUAAUACAGCCAAGCUGAUACUGGUGUCUCAACAAAAUACAGCCUAGCCCUCUCAACAUGCGGUUAUUGUUUUGAUUGGCACUUCCAAACCCAGGUCUUCAAGAGCGAUGAGGCCCUAGGCACAGCAUUCAAGUGCAGUUAAGUAUUUUCCUGGUGUUUAAUACCUACAUCAUAGGUUAUACUCAUAGCCAAGGGUGUUCUUCACAGAAAGCACAUGGAUCAAUGGUAACAUCCUUAGGAACACUUAUCAAUCUUUGUAACAAACCAGAGGUCUAUUGGUAUGACCCACGUGAGUGACACUACAGUUCAUAGAUUGAAUCUACGCACCUCUCCCCAGCUGUGACUUUCUGAGCUACGUUUCGCUCUUCACGUUUCUGUGCUGCUUCUUCUUUGCAUUGCCUCUCGAGUGCCCCUCCCAUCCUCCUCCCUCUAUGACCCAGCCUCUGAACUGUGUCCAGCUGACAACCCAAUGAAUGAGCGGUAAGACAGGUGCAAUAUGCCUAAAUAAAGGUGUGCCACAGCACUGACACUAGACAAAGAAGCAAUAGUGGAUGCAAUGUCUGUUAAUUGUCUGUUGAAUGAUUAUAUGUCAAUUAAAGUGUUAUUUUCCUGGUUGGAGAUGUGUUUGGUUAGCCUGGUCCCAGAUCUGUUUGCGCUCGCUUGCCAAUUCCAAUGCCAGACGGCACAAACAGAUCUGUGACCAGACUAUUGUGUUCUGUGCACUAAUAAGAAAUUUGAGCCAAGUGAGGAUUUGUAGAAGUGUAACAUGCAUUUUGUCUUCUUCAAAAACUUUGUUGCUAAUGUGCCUUGAGUUUAAUAGAAAUACAACCAAUUUUGUAUGAAAUUCAGUGACAAAUACCUCCUUGACGAUGUCACUUAUUCCAGAGUAAAAAAAGUGUAUAUAUACACCCAAAAAUCUGAUUCCUCCUUUAAAAUGUCAUAGAUUCUCUGUAAAGCCUGUCUCCCCAUGUUUAAUCAUUUACAAUACACAAGUUCAGUCCUGAAUUACUGUAUGCACAAACAUGUAGAAUUAGACCAACACACUAAAGAUGAAUUACUAAAAUGUCAAAAUAAACUUAUUGAUUCUG